AUGGUGCGCAGCGUGUUGGCAGUUCUGGGGUUCUCCCUCACCUGCAUCUCGGCCCUCAGCCUCUUCUCCCCUGCCUGGUUCCAGACGCCCACCUUCUCCUUUGGUGUCCUCACCUACUGCUCCUGGCCUCAGGGUGACAGCUGGAACCAGAACUGCUGGGUGACCUUCAGGUCCCUGGAGGAUAUUCCUGACUUUGCCUGGAAGGUCUCAGCUGUGCUGCUCCUUGGAGGUUGGCUCCUGUUGGCCAUCAGUGCAAUUCUCCUCCUGUCCUGGGCCCUAGCCCCCAAAGGGUUGUGCCCAAGAAGGAGCAAUGGCCCAUUUCUAGGGGUGCAGUUAGCAGCAGCCACCACCACCAUUGUGGGCCUGCUGGUUUUCCCAAUCAGCCUAGGCUCUCCAUUUGCCAAGGAAGUCUGCGAAGCCUCCUCCAGAUACUAUGGUGGGAAGUGUCGGCUGGGCUGGGGCUACAUGACCGCCAUCCUCAGUGCAGUCCUGGCCAGUCUCCUGCCCAUCAUCAGUUGGCCUGGUGUAACCAAGGUCCAAGGACAGACCAUCCUCUUCUCCAGAGACACUGAGAGAAUCAUCCUCAUGCCAGAAAUGAACAAAUAA